UAGAACGUGAAGGUAAUUAGACUAAACUAGGAAGUAAAAAGUGAAACAAACUUAUUAAUAGAGAGAAAUCUUUUUUUUUUUUUUGUAAAAAUCAAAAUUAAUCCUUAAAUAAGACAAUGAUAUAAUAAAUACUCCUUUUAAAUCCAAAGUGUUAUCUAACUAAUGAAAUUGAAGGCUGUUUAUUAGAAUUUUCUUAAGUAAAAACAUAAACUUAUUAGAUAAAGAUGCGUUAAAAUUUUAAAAGACUUCCCAAUUAAUAAAAAUAAAAUGUAAAAUAGAUAAAAUUUAUAAAUAAGAAAAUAAAGAGUAAAACGAAGAAAAGGAGAAAAUAAAUUUUUUUGAAAAUUUAGUUUAACAAAAAAACAUAUUAAAUAUGCUGCAACAACUUAAAAUCGAUAUGAUGUGGAAUAAUUUAAAAUAUUCCGGUAAAAGAUAUUAUCAUCGAGCUAUGAGAAUUGAACUAAAACAAAUUGCAUGGAAAAAUCCAAGAGCAAUGCCAGGAUGUCAAUAUAGUCCAACAAGAAUUGAACAUUUUUUAAAUAUUUUUACACAUGGUAUUUGGAUAUUACCAGCAUUAUUUGGUACUGUUGAAUUAGUUUCACGUAGUUAUUCAAGAACCCAAUUAAUUGCCGCAUGGAUAUAUGGUUUAGCGCUUAUAUUUUUAUUUGUAAUAUCAACAAUAUUUCAUAGUGUAUCAUAUGUUAAUUGCUGUAAGGGACAUCGUCGAAAUCGACAAAUAAAAGAUGUUUUUCAUAGAUGUGAUCGUGCUAUGAUUUAUGUAUUUAUAGCUGGAUCAUAUUUUCCAUGGUUACAUUUAGUACAUUUUGCACCAUAUUCUUUAGUAUUUGAAUCAUUACAAUGGAUAAUAUGGGUAUUAGCAGCGCUUGGUAUUACUUAUCAACAAAUAUUUCAUGAAAGAUUUAAAUGUUUAGAAACAUUUUUAUAUAUUGUAAUGGGAUUGGGACCUUCAUUAGUUGUAUUAGCUAGUGGACAUGAAUUUCCUGGUAUGGUAGAAUUAAAAUGGGGCGGUUGUAUUUAUAUUAUUGGAGUUUGUUUUUUUAAAUCAGAUGGUAUUAUUCCUUUAGCUCACGCAAUUUGGCAUUUAUUUGUAGCAUUAGCCGCCUCUGUACAUUAUUUUGCUAUAUUAAAAUAUUUAUUUCCCAUGGAAUUGUAAACAAAGACAAAUUAAUAUUUAAUUAAUGUAAUGAAGUUUUUGGCAAAAAAAAAAAAAAAAAGAACAAAAAAAAAAAACAACCUAAUUUUUAUUUAAAAAUCUAUA